UUUCACUGCUCUGUAGAUGGUGGAAAAGUAGUCCAAAGUAAUCUUUUCUCUUCUAAGGAGAUGCGAUGUCACAUCACCUUCUCCUGAGACAGGAGUGCGCAUGACGCAGGUGUUUGCUGAAGUUUUCAGCCGUGAGAGCUGCGCACACCUCCGCAGACCGAGGGAGCACGGGAGGCGCUGUAACCAGAUCCCGAGUCUGUUAUUUCACCUGCCCGUGCUGUUUCUAAACACAUUCAUGUCUUUUGAGGCCGGUCGGGAAGUAUGAAGAGCGUUUUUCUUCGCUACGUUUUUCUCUGGGUGACGUUACAGCUGAUUGCUGUACCUGCCACAGUGCUGAACUGCUGUGAGGGGGACAUUCUCCUUUUGCUGGACUCCUCGGGAAGUAUAGCAAACUAUGAAUUCUCCCGUCUGUUGUUCUUCGCCGCCGACCUGCUCCGUCCCUUUUCACUGGGCCGCGGGCAUGUGAGAGUGGGGUUGCUGCAGGUGGGCACCGACCCUCACCUGGAGUUCAGCCUCGAUGUCCACAGCAAUCAGGAGACUCUGCAGUCGGCCAUGCAGGGCGUCAGGCAGCUGAAAGGAGACACCAACACUGAGGCGGCGCUCAGCGUUGCCCUUGAGCUGCUGACGGAGACGGAUGUGAAAGUGCCAAAGAUUCUCCUGUGGCUGACUGACGGAGUGCAGCCUGGUGACGUGGACAGACCAAUGUCAGAGCUGAAGACUCGGGGAGUCUCCGUGUUAAUAGUGUCAACUGUACAUGGGAACUACCAGGUGCUAAAACGUGUGGUGACACCUCCGCUGGAGUCUCACUUAUACUCUGUGGACAUAGAUAACAUUGACAUCAUCACAGAGGACCUGAGGAAGGCCAUCAUAGAAAUCAUUCGUGCUGAACGGCUGCGUGUGGUUGAUUUGACCUCCCACAGCGCCGUGUUGCAGUGGCGCCCCGUUCUGAGUCAAGACAGUGGUUAUUAUGAACUCUGGUACAAGUCUGUGAGCAAACCAGGUCAUGAGAUUAGACGUACUUUAACGGGAGACUCCAGCAGGGCGGAGUUGAAAAAUCUGCAGCCUGACACGACUUACACAGCGUCCCUCCGCCCAGAGUCCAACCAGGCAGUGUUUAAUACACUCACCGUAACCUUCACUACUUUUCCUGAUGUUUUAAGCCCAGCAGUCGUCUACCUGUCAGAUCAUGGUCCUCAUCAGAUCCGUGUAAGCUGGGGUCCUCUGCAGCCGGCUCGGGUACAGAGAUACACAGUGGAGUAUGGAGCUAUUCCUAGUUCACAUGUCCGCACUGUGACCUUAUCCAGGCAGAAAAAUUCAACCUUACUGACUGGCCUGGAGCCAGGCACUCAGUACCUGGUUACAGUCACUGCUCUGCAGGUGGAUGGAAAAGAAAGAGCUAUGUCUGUGAGAGCCUGCACACUGGCAGAAGCUCUGCCUGCUCUGAUUGACCUUCAGCUGGAACCAGUAAAACAAAGGGACUUGGAGGUGGAGGAGAUGCAAGUAAAGUGGCAAGCCUAUCAGGGAGGGUUAAGAGGCUACUGGAUCAAAUGGGAGACAGAAAAGCCCCACAGCGCCAGCUCCUCAAUGUACCUACCUCCUAGCUCCCAUUCAACGCGGCUCACCCAUCUUGCACCAAACAGUCGAGUGUGUGUGUCCCCCAUCUACAGCUCGGGCCGAGGAGAUGGGCUGUGCUGCACUGCCACGACUCACAGAGAUUCCAGCCAAUGGGGUUAACAACCAGUCUAAACCAAUCAGGCAGCCAAAGCAAAACACUCAAGCACUAAAUAAGUUGUAUGCGAAUAUUUCAGCUUUUUCAACAACUCCACCACCAACAAAGAUGAACAGAAACACAUGCCACGUAAUUAAAUCUUUUUUCCUGGCAAUGCGGGAAGACAAUAUGCCACAUGAAAGGAGCUUGAAAAGAAAGUGACUGGACUCUUUUAAGUUGUAGUUGCUUUCCUUUCCAAGCUCCUUAGAUUACUAUGACCUUGCUGACUGAGAACCUACACAGACAUGCCAGAUGAGUUUAUCCAUAUCAGUCAGAGGUAUCAGUCACAGAUACAUGCAUGUACAUAGACCCACAUACAGCUGUGCUCAGAUGUUUACACACAUGUCAUGUUCAUUUGGGACUUUUAAUCAUUUCUAUGAACUGUUCUUUUUCCAGGGUGGAAUGAUUAAACAGAAUACACCUUUAAUGGCUUUAAAAAGUCAAGAACUGAGUGCACAAGCUUGAAAUUAUUUUGGAUUUUCUUUAAUGUACACACGGUCAAAAGUAUACAUACACCCUGACUCAUAUUCUGUUGUUUUUCUACCCAAGUUGAAACUUGAAAAUAAACGACAACCACUUUUAAUGUGUGUUUGGGAUCAUUGUCCUCUUGAAACAUCUAGCAAGUUUCAUCUCUCUAACUACUGAUUGGAGGUGAAUUUAGGGUAGUUGUCUUUCUUGAUUAUUCCAUCCACAUUGUGUAAUGUUGCAGUACCACUGGUAUCAAAACAUCCCAGAGCAUGAUGUUACCACCACCAUGCUUGAAAGCUUCACCUUUACUUCUUCAAACUUACCUCUUGUCAUUGUGGCCAAAUCGCUCAAACCUUGUCUCGUUUGACCAUCAGAAGUUGUUUGGCUUGUCUGUGCGGGCAGCUACAAAUUUUCCAUUUUUUUUCUUCGUUGGCACUGCUCAGUCCAUGGUGAUGUAAAACUAGUUUCCCUGUGGACAGUGAUGCUGAUGUUUCAGCAGAUUCAAUGUCAUUGCAUGUUUACUCUCUUCUGAGAGUGACAGGUUGCCAACGUCUGAAAGAUGACCCAAAGUGGAGACACAUCUGAAUAACUUGUACUUAUGCACAACUUUUUGAGCUCAUGAUCUUGGAAUCUGCAUUUGUUUGGAAAUGGCUCCAAGAGACCCUCCUAACUUGUGUAACUCUACAGUUCUCUUUCUUAGAGUUCCUUGGUCUUUGACCAAUACUCAGAACAAUGGCAAUCCAGUGACUGCUGUCAAACAAUCCUUUUUAUACUGAUGAAGAGAAACUAAUCUGUAUGUAUAUUUCUGACCCUGUGCAGAUUAGAGAAAAACCUAAAUAAAUUCAAACUUGAGCAUCUAUUUCUAGUUCUGUAAAGUCAUUAAAGAUAAAUGCUGUACAAUCAUUCCACCCUAGAGAAAGAACAGUUAAAAGAAAUCAUUCAAAGCUCAAAACUACCAUGGUGUUCAUGCCCACAGUGAGUGAAUGUAAACUUCUGACCACAACUGUCGACAGCAUAGAGAGGUAGUAUGAUAGCUAUUGAAGUGAGUGCACUUUUGUUCAUUUGAAAUAAGCUCUUGUUUUUCUUAAAAGUAUAUUCAGAGUUCACUGUAAAACAACAAUUUUAGUCUUCCAUUUGUAAAUUAGUUACUUUUUGGGUUAUUUUUAAGUAGAAUUUGAAUGGAGAUUUGGUUACAGUGCCUGGAACAAGAUCUGUGGUUACAAUCAGCUGGAGAAGUCUCCAGUGAAAACAUGCUUGCAGUGAAAUGAAGAACUUAAGUGCCCCAUUCAUCUGUGAGCUGAGCAGCUGAACUACAGUACCCUGAUAAUCAGGCUGAGAUGCAUUUUGUGUUCUCUUCCUUACUCAAGAUGCAGGCAUCAAUUCAUAGGUUGGUAACAAGACUGAAGCUUCUGUGAAAGUCUUUACACAAACAUCUUUACUGCAUUGUUUUACCAUUUAAUUAUGGCUACAUUUACAAAUGCACUUGGAAUUUUUUAAAACAAAUAUUAAAUCAUUCUAAUAAAGCUUGAGAAAUUUUGAAUAAAAGGUAGAGGAUUGUGAUCUCAGCUGAAAUUUUGUAAUCUGUAAACACUUUCUCUGGCGGAUGAUCAGAAACUGUUUAGUUUCAUUACUUUAACAGGGCUGUAGCAGUGUUUGUGCAAAAUCACCAGUUCAUUUUAGGAUUUCAUUAAAAAAAACACACACAUUAGGAGAUGUGUCAGAGCAUUUUUCAUCAUCUUUCUUUAGUUACAUGGUUUAUUAUAUCAAAGCAGUUCAACAUGUUCUGAUCAUGAAUGAGUCAGAAAAUGUUGAACAGACGAUAUUCAGUCAAUAUUUUAUAUUUUCCUUUCUUUGAUGGACACACUAAUCUCACAGUUGAAAGUGUCUCCACAUUAUCAUAGGUGAUGUGUAUAUAUAAAUGUUUUUAAAGCUGAUGGGAUUAAAUUUGAUACUUGUAAAUUAUGAAGAUGAUAGUUGUAUUUUUAGCCUCCAAAGGUGCUGAUCAGACACAUGUACUGUGAAUAUUUUUUUUUAAAUGUGCUGACUUUGUAUGUAACGCUACUAAAUUUACUUACAGUUUUGUCUACUAACUAAUGCUGUACAGAGUAAAUAAACAUUUGUUUAAAAAAUGAAUUAAAUAAAUAGAAACUA